GGUUGGUCUUACACCUUAUACCAACUAUACAGUUGCAAUUCAAGCUGCUACUUAUGUUCAAAUCAAUGGCAGAUCUCCUAGUUGGUUGAAAAGUGGCGAAUCAAAAAUAUUAUUUACAACUCGUCAAGCAAAACCUAGUCCUCCAAUCAAUGUACAAGUUGACACAAUUUUAGCUUAUUCGGUUGUGAUCAAGUGGCAGCGUCCUUUAGAACCCAAUGGCCCAAUUUCAUACUAUAGAGUUUGUUACAAGAUUAAUAUGGUUAGUAGCAAACAAACUUGCAGAAGAACUACCACUACUGAAAGUUGGCUCACCGACCUCAAACCUUUCUCUCAUUACCUUAUAAUUGUGAGGGCUGUCAAUGUUGAAAAACCCAAUAUACUGGAAAGCAAGUGGAGCACGCAAAUACAAUUCCGAACUUUGUCAUCUAUUCCAAGCCAGCCACGACAAUUGACAGCCACUGACAAACAAAUACAAUCAGUUCGUCUUAGGUGGCAAAAACCGUCUAAUCCUAAUGGAAGGAUAGCAAAAUAUGAGAUUAUUGUAGUGCAGGGAGGAGGUAUUAAUGCUAGUAACUAUGAUAGCAAGAUGGUGGUUGUUAACAAGACUGUCAGUGGGAGCCUCUCAGCUUUCAUAGGAUUGACAGAAUUAACACGUUACAGUGUGUGGAUUGUUGCAGUCAAUAUUCGACGAACUGACAAAGCAAAAUUGACAAGUCGUCCAAGUCAAGUGAUAACGUUUGAUACAAAGGGGGGAGUAAAUACUGCUCCUCAAAAAAUUAUGUCUUCCCAAGUGACUAGUACUUCAGCGCUAAUCACUUGGCAGCAACCACUGUUUGCACCACCAAGAUCAGUUAGUAGUUACUAUAUCAGAUAUUUUAAAUCAACAAGGCCUGACAGAUACCCGCAAUCUACAAGGGAAAGAAGACUCAAUCUUAGUAAUUUGGACAUUUAUACAAACUAUACAAUAGACAUAGCAGCUUAUGUGAGUCCUCUGUUGUCUCCUUAUUAUGCAUCAUAUAAUUUUACAACUAAACAAGCUGCACCAAGUCCUCCACAGAAAGUAGAAACGAAUGACAUCGGAUCUAGAAGUGUAUCAAUAUCUUGGGCGCCGCCACUUCGUGCCAAUGGUGUGUUGAAGAAAUACAGAAUAUACUUUCAGUCUGAUAACACUAGCCGACCCAAUAGUCUUAAUAAUGGCAAUAUAACAGUUUCACAGUCACGGAGAGUUGUAACAAUCGGACAAUUGAUUCCUUUUACUACCUACUAUGUUUGGGUUACUGCCAUCAAUGUGGAGGAUGGGCAAGAAUUAGAAAGCAAAUUUGAACGUUCCACUGAUUUCAAAACCAAUGCAGAAGCAUCAUCACCUACAAGGAAAGUUCGGUGCUUGAACAUCACUUCCCAUUCAGUCGUUGUCUCAUGGAGAAAGCCAGCCAAAGUUCGUGGAACUAUUGCUCAAUACAACGUGUUUUUAGUUUCCUUUCCAAAGCAAGAUAUUGUCAAAACAUACCUAGCAGAAGAACAUGAAAAUUAUUUUCUUUUUGUUGACAAUCUUGUGCCCUAUACUCAAUAUACUGUUACAGUUCAAGCUGGAACUCGUACAACAUGUUGUUCAACUUUACUGUGGAGUGAUCCCAACACAGAUAAACCACCAGUCACGUUUACAACACAACAGUCUGCUCCUUCACGCCCUGCAAGACCAAAUGUUACAAAUGUUCUUUCUCGUUCUUGUCUGAUUAAGUGGAAACUUCCUGAUGCUCCCAAUGGUGACAUUCAGUUCUACCUCUUGUCUCUUUAUAACAAAGCUGACAAUAUUGAUCCAUCCAUAUCGCAAAACACAUCAAACAUAGGUACGUUUAGACAUCCUGCAAAGAACAGCACUCUUCAAAGGAAGCUGUCUUCUUUAUCACCUUACACAUCUUACGGAGCCGCAGUAACUGCAGUCAACAUCAUGAAUACUGCAGAACUAAAAUCCAAACAAAGUGAACUAGUGAAUUUUACAACUGCAGAUGAAAUGCCUGCUGCUCCGUCAAAGUGCACUGUGAACAGACGAGGAGCAAACUUUAUUUUUAUGUCGUGGCAGCCUCCUGAACCCAGUGAUUACAAAGUUGUUUUUUAUUACGUGAAGGUUAACUCUACGACUGCAGCAGAUUCAAAGAAUCACUCUAAGAUAGUGUCUCAUCUCAGCAGCAAUGUGAGCAAUUUACUACCGUACACAGAAUACAAAAUCACAGUGACUGCUGUAACAAACAACACACGCCUUUGGGAAGGAUUCCCUUGUUAUAUGAAAGAUAAGACUAAAGUAGGAGUGCCACCAGUUCCGGAAAAACUGCUACUUCCUGUAAACAUGACAGAAAAAGGAAGCACGGUUACAGUUACACUUCCACAGCUAAAUAAAACUAAUGGGCCAAUCAAGGUUGUUAAAAUCAUUGUUCUAGAGCUAAAGCCCAAUACUGAUUGGUUUGAGAACAUGUCCUUGCCAAGAGCUGAUGACGAUCGAGUUCACACAUACAAGACCAUAAAUCUUACUACAGAUCAAGUCAAGGAACAAGUUGUAAUUGGUUCUGAUAACUACGGUUAUGGUCCCUUGAAGCCCAACACUAAGUAUGCGUUUUAUGUACAAUGGAUUAGUGAAGAUGAGGGUUCUACAGGAAGACGAAUACAACUAAUUUCAACCAGUGCUGGGAUUGUGUACAACACAGAUUCGUUUGGCUCAACAGCAUCUUCCAGCAGCAGUCAUGUGGCACCAAUUGUAGUUGUGCUACUACUAGUUGCUAUUGUGACUGCUGUUGUUGUUGUGAUAUGGUACAGAAGACGAAAAGCCAAGAAGAGAGACUUGCAUGGACAAGAUCGGUACACAGUUCAGUCUAAAGACAUAGCCUUGAAGGCCAUCCCAACUGCCCAGUCGGAUGGACAAAAUGGUGAACUUGCCUACAAAUCUGGUUUUAUCAUCAACUCUGUUGGAAGGAGCAAUGCAAAAUUUGAAAAUCAUAUUGAGAAGUUAAGCGCGGAUGACAAUGAUGGAUUUAUUACUGAAUUUGAAGAACUGGCUUCCAUCGGUAUCAAUCAGAGUACUGCUAUUGCAAAGAGUAAUGCUGAGAAAAAUCGUUACAAGAACAUUGUCCCGUAUGAUGAUUAUCUUGUGGAACUUGGUGAAGUGCAUGGUAUGGACAAAUUGAAAUCAGAAUACAUCAAUGCAACAUACAUAGAUGGUUUCAGUAGAAAAAAUCAAUACAUUGUCACACAAGGUCCACUCCCCUCCACUUGUGCUGAUUUUUGGCGCAUGGUGUGGCUUGAAAGAACAGAGUUUAUUGUCAUGGUGACCCGAUUCAUAGAAAACGGAAAGAAAAAGUGUUUCCAGUAUUGGUCAGAUAGCGACACAAAAGUGUGCGAUGGUCUCACCGUUGAAGUUGUAUUAGUUGUUGAAAUGGCCGACUAUACAGUUCGAACGAUGAAGCUCCAAGUGCUGGAUGAGGAGCAUACAGUGACACAUUAUCAUUUCAAGAGUUGGCCAGACCACGGUGUACCAUCUUAUGCUACUGAUCUGCUAGGACUUAUGUUUCGAGUUAGACGAGAUUCGAGACACUCAACAACUCCCGUAAUAAUCCACUGCAGUGCUGGUGUUGGUCGGUCUGGAACAUACGUGACUAUUGACACUUUGAUUGACUGUCUCGAUUCUCAACAAGAGAUCGAUGUGAAGUCGACUGUCAAGAAGUUGAGGAUGAGACGUAUGGAUAUGGUUCAAAAUGCGUUGCAAUACAUUCUCAUUCAUAAUGCUGUCCUGGAAAUGAAUUACACAAAGAAGACGGAAAUUCCGGCAUCCGAUUAUACAAAUCAAUUUGCAAAGCUAAUGGACGUGUGCCCUGAGUUGCCAAGUUGCAAAAAGAUCAAAAAGGAGUUUGACGUUCUGACAAAGCUCAGUCCUACACUUGAUAAGUCAGCGUUCAAGACCGCUCUCCUCCCUACAGUGAGGGAACGAAAAAACCGUGAUUCUCAAUUCAUUCCUCCUGACACGGUUCGUGUGAUCCUGCAUUGUGAUGGUGAUUCUGUUGAUCUUGACUAUGUGAAUACCGAAGAAGGAGCAGACUACAUCAAUGCAAGUUAUGUCAACGGUUAUCACAAACGUGACUUGUACAUUGUAACUCAAGCUCCCCUUGUCAAUACUGUCGCUGAUCUGUGGAAGAUGACAUUUGAACAGAAUGUGAAUGCCAUAGUCAACUUGGCUCAACCACAUGAAUAUGACAAGUAUUGGCCGGAUUCGAGAUCACAAAAAUUUGGACGUCUCACAGUCAAUUAUUCGUCAUCAACAGAGACAAAAUCAUUCAAGGUCUACGAACUAGAGCUAACAAAGGGCCAAUCUUCAUACACUAUUGCUCUCUUCCAUUACCCUUUCUGGCCAAAUGAUGCUUAUCCAUCAGACGUAACAGGACUGAUAGAACUGAUGAGUCAACUAGACCAAUGGAUGAAGUGUGUCAGAGGAAACCGCAUGAUCGUCCAUUGCUGCACUGGCAUGGGACGAACUGGAGUAUUCUGUGCGGUCAACAACAUUUUAGAUCAGAUGAAGAGUGAGGGAGUGGCCAAUGUGCUACAUGUUACCAGAGUUCUACUCAACCAACGACCAAGAAUCAUACAAACACCCGAACAAUACGAAACCGUUUACAGUGUCAUCAAUCGUUAUCAACAGUCCGAGAGCAUCUACUGUAAUGUAAAAUGAGACUUAGUAAACUCAAAUGUCUUACCUAAACGAAUUGUGACCGCAAUGAUAUAGCAAGUGAGUUUCUGUAUUUUAGUGG